AUGGCAGAAGGUCAAUUUUCUCAGGAUAAUUCUCAGGAUAAUUCUCAGCUUAUUCUUCCAAGUGGGCUAUUAUCAAACCGGGAGAGGGCUUGCUCUCCAAUUCUACGGGGCGCAUCAGACUUUAUCAACAGCGCCAAUCAGCCCGAAUUACUCAGGAUAAUAGAAGGCCCACUUACUCAACCUACAGAAAUUGAGAUGUUAGAUGGGCUAGUUAGCAUUAAUCAGUCAGAUAUACUUAUGAUAACAGAGGGUCAACCUUCUCAGAAUAAUUCUCAGCUUAUUCUCCCAAGCCCCUCUCAGCUUAUUCUUUCAAGUGGGCUAUUACCAAACCGGGAGAGGGCUCGCUCUCCAAUUCUACGGGGCGCAUCAGACUUUAUCAACAGUGUCAAUCAGCCUGAAGUCCUCAGGAUAAUAGAAGGUCAACCUACUCAGCCAGAGAGUUUAGAUGACUCUCAGCUUCUUCUCUCGGCUACAGAAAGAUGUUAG